AUGAAGCCAGUACUCAUUCAAAGCCGUGCUUCGUUCUUUGGAAGACGGUUUCUAAACAGUGUCUUUUACUACGUUCAGGUGUUAAUCCGCUUUUCUCGCCUGCAAGUCCUUGGACAAUGGCGCCAUCCCCGAGAGAAGCCAAAAGUGGCUCUAUACCACGACCGCGGAGUAGCUUUGAUCCAGUCCAUGGCUCACCUGGUUCCCUUGAGCGUAGUCAUGGCCUUCAUAGUUCUCAAUAUCAAGUCGUGGUACUGGGGCGACCCGUCCGCUACCGUGCUCACAGCCCUGCAGUUUGCCGCCAAGAUCUUGGAAAUACUGAUGCAGGCUUCCCUGGGAAUAAUAAUGAUGAGCAUCGUUCGCUAUCAGCUGUUCAAGGAUAGUGGGCUACCUUUAGGGAGCCUACUGGGACCGUACAGCGUUACUGAUGUCACGUAUCUCUGGUCGUUGGAGUUCUGGGGAAGCCUUCUUACCAAGCAUGCCCGCUUAUGGCAAAGGCUUUUUAUAGCACUGACUAUAGCAGCAAUGCUGAUCUUGGCAUCGCUAGUCGGUCCGUCAAUCGCUGUCCUGCUUAUUCCACGACCGAUAGACUACACCACGGGACACUACCUUCAAAUGCUAGAUGACCAAGCGACCAUAUUCCCAGGCCAUGUUCAAUUGCAAGGCGUGAACCUUACGAAUGAAGAUGCUUUCCGAGAUGUGCUGUACCAGAUUGUCCGAAACAAGAACGACGACCUCCAGUUCACCGAUGCAACCAACUUGAUUCGAACGAUACCGUCUUAUGAUAACACACCGCUGUUUUUUCCCAAUCCUUCGCCCAUGUCAGGCGUAGGAACCCUGGCCGCAACUCUCGUGUCACAGGCAAUGCGAUUUCCGGGCAUGACUUUCUUCAGCGGAGGCCAACUUACAAAUGCUGAGAUGGGGGAGUUCGCCAGAGCGACCACUUUCCAACCCUAUGUGCAGUCAGAUUGCAAGAGACAGUGGCUGAACAGCACAGACGAUCCUAAAAGCGUUUAUGUUACGUUUGGUGAUAUUAGCCCUGAGGCGACGAACCUUACAUUUGCAGACCUCGUCGACAUCAUCAAGUCAGUUACUGCUGAUAAUGCAACGACCAAUACAAUCGCGGUAGCUUGGAACGACGCACCAACAGCAGCAUCCAACCACUCUAUAUUGAUGGUUAAAGGACUUCUGCUAGAAGGAGGGGAGACAAACCACGAGGACGCCACCGUCAGGUCCGAAUCUUGCAUCAUCGACGCCGUAUGGGCAAAGACAAAUAUGAACGGCACUUUAAGUCUGAGCUCGGACGAGCUAAUCAACGCCGAAAUGCUUCCUGCAGACAGCCAACAAUUCGACUCCCAACUGAUCAGGAUCCCUAGCGAAUGGGCUUCCAGGGUAGUUGACGUCUACGUGGAAUACCAGCCGGACAUUGCCUCCAUGCCACUAGAAAGAAUUUUCGCUCUAGCCUUGGCAAACACUGCUCCAGUGCCACGAAUCGAGUAUGGGCCUAUUGGAUGGCAUGCAGUCCAUAAUGAUCCCAUGUACAAAGACCAAGAGGCGGAUACGCUCUCCAUGUCCCAGGUACAAUACGACGCAACCAAGGCCUACUUUCAGGCGAACAAGAACAUUCUUUCCAAACACAAUGAUGUCUUCUUCUAUACAUCUACCAACUGGAGCGAUCCUGGAAACCUUUACCAACUCGAGGUGGAGAGCUUUCGCCAAGGCUACGGUUACAACAGCUCGGGCGUCCCGGUCCUGCUGUCUCUCAUCGUCGUGUCCAUAUACGCCCUUGUCGCGGUCGUUCAUCUUCUUUAUACCUUCGCCACGGGUCACGUCGGAAGAUCGUGGGACACGCUUGCAGAGCUUCUAAUGUUGGGUCUUCACUCACAACCUCCUGGGGUGGCGGCCACCACCAACACGACAGUCGGAAUAGAGACGGCGGUGCCAUUUGAGGAACCUGUCAGUGUCAGGGUCAACGAGAACGGAAGAGCUGAACUGGUCUUUUUAAGGGACGACUUGAAUAAGAGGAGGGCGUUGGGACGGGUUAAAGCUAACGAGGCUUACUAG